AUGUCUUCUGCUCCACGGACUAUCACAGUCGAGCGUCCACUUUUGCAGACUCAUUGCAGUCUCGGUGAAGGGCCCAUCUAUGAGCCGGGGACGGCCAUGCUACACUUCGUAGACAUCGAACAGCACAAGGUUUAUCAUCUUAACACCAUUACUUUGGACUACAAUGUCGAAAAAUUCGACAUGCCGAUUACUUGCCUUGCUUUACGUCGAAAUGGACAGGGACUGGCUUGUACAUCUGCGCAAGGCUUCGCUGUCAUUGAAGCAAAUUCGGGCCUCCGACAUCUCGCCAUGCCCAUCCCACCGGAAUAUCAGCCAUUCACAAGGUUCAACGAUGGGGCGUGCGAUAGCAAAGGCCGAUUUCUUGCGGGCACGCUUUGUUCCAAAGAGCGGGGCAUUCCAGGACAAUUGUAUAUGUAUGACCCAGCUGACAACACCUGCAAAAUCAUCGAACCCGGCCCAUUUACGGAUUCCAACGGCAUGGGAUGGAGUGCCGAUGAGAAAAUCAUGUAUUUCACUGAUUCGUUGGUGAACAAGAUCUACGCAUAUGACUAUGAAGACGGGAAACUAUCCGGACGACGUGUAUUUGUCGACUCGAUCUCUCACGGCAUGCCACGAGGAACAUUCCCCGAUGGCCUCUGCAUCGAUAACGCAGGAGGCAUAUGGUCUGCGAGAUGGGGAGGCUCUAGAAUCAUCAGAUACACUCCCGGCGGAGCGGUGGAUCUAGAGGUCUACUUCCCCACCGCCCUCAACAUUACUGCGUGUUGUUUCGGAGGCCCGGACGCGGACCGACUCUAUGUCACCACCGCGCAUUGUGGGGCAUGCGGGGGCGAUGCAAGUCGGCAGGAACUUUACCCGGACUCUGGAAAUUUGUUUGCGGUCGACCUGUCAGGUCAAUUCACUGGUGGAACGUGGCGCCACAGAUUCUCUGCGUGA